CAGAGCUCGGAUCUUCUCCCUUUUCCAGCCGGUCUUCAGACCUGUGCGCCAGCCUCGGCUAUGGAGCCUGCCCCGGACGCUGAAGAGGCGCGCUCUGUGCGGGAGGCGCUGGGCCGCUACGAGGCGGCGCUGGAGGGCGCAGUGCGCGCGCUGCAUGAGGACAUGCAGGGGCUGCAGCGCGGCGUGGAGCGGCGCGUGGCGGAGGCGCUGCGUCUGGCCGGCCCGCUGGCGCGCACUGUGGCCGAGCUGCAGCGCGACAAUCAGCGGCUGCAGGCGCAGCUUGAGCGCUUGACGCGCCAGGUGGAGGCGCUAGGUUUAGCGAGCGGGCUCUCCCCGGCGCCCGGCACGCCCAGCCCCCCGCCUGCGUCCGGGGUUCCGGACCGGGCUCCUCGCCUCGGUACCGCACGCUUCGCCAGCCACGCCACUUUCUCGCUGUCCGGCCGCGGCCAGAGUGUGGAUCAUGAUGAAGCCAGUGAGUUGGAGAUGAGAAGGACCUCAAACUCAUGUGUCAUCGAGAAUGGGCACCAGCCGGGGGCAGGUCCAGGUGACGCACCCCUCGAAGUUGCCCACACCUUCCCAUCACCGGAGACCCCCAAGCCUCGCCCUGUGAGCCUCUCCUUGCGGCUUCCUCACCAGCCGGUCACAGCUGUCACCCGAGUCUCUGAGAGGUUCUCUGGGGAAACCUCAGCUUCAGCUCUAUCACCCACAUCUGCUGCCAUCCUGGGGGGCCUUACACCAAGCCCCAGUGAGGCCACCGCACCCUGGACUCCCAGUCCUAGUGAGAAGAACCCCCCUUUCACACGGUCUUUGUCAAGCUCUGGCUUCGGGGCAGUGGCAGCAAGCAAACGCAGGGACAGCUCACCACUGGUGACGCCACCCCAGUCACCCUCGUCCCCUCAGCCGCCAGCCAUGACUCCGGCCCAUCGCCCUGGAGAGCGUCGCAGGGAGCUGGUGAGGUCGCAGACGCUGCCCCGCACCUCGGGGGCGCAGGCCCGGAAGGCCCUGUUUGAGAAGUGGGAGCAGGAGACAGCGGGCAAGGGCCGAGGGGAGGCCCGGGCCAAGCUGAAGCGCUCCCAGAGCUUUGGCGUGGCCAGCGCCAGCAGCAUCAAGCAGAUCUUGCUCGAGUGGUGCCGCAGGAAGACUCAGGGCUAUCAGCACGUGGACCUGCAGAACUUCUCCUCCAGCUGGAGUGACGGCAUGGCCUUCUGCGCCCUGGUGCACUCCUUCUUCCCUGAUGCCUUUGACUAUAACAGCCUGAGCCCCACGCAGCGGCAGAAAAACUUCGAGCUGGCCUUCACCAUGGCUGAGAAUCUGGCCAACUGUGAGCGCCUCAUCGAAGUGGAGGACAUGAUGGUGAUGGGCCACAAGCCGGACCCCAUGUGCAUCUUCACCUACGUCCAGUCGCUGUACAACCACCUGCGUCACUUUGAGUAAUGCCCUCAGGCCUGGAGAGCCAAAGAGCCAGCCCAGGAGGAGCCUGUGGGCCUCUGUGUUCCCCAGGCAGGAUGACCCCUAGAAGAGCUGCCUUGCGGUGUGAGCGCUGUUUGUUCUGUGGUGUGUGACUGCGCUCCCCUCCGCGCCCAGCUGUGUUACUGAUUAAAAGCACAGCUGAGCUGUGCUCUGACUGCGCUGAUCACAGCCAAGUGCUGGAAGGAAAAUUACCAGGAAGAGAGAGAGAGAGAGAAAUUGGUGCUAAGUAAGGAUCUUCCUAAAGAAAUGCUUGUCUUUGUAGAUUCUGGAAUGCUAAAUUACUAUUUUCCCUCUGGUGAAUUUGAUACAUCGGCUUUACAGGGUUACAUUGAUUACCAAAUGUUUUUUAUCAAAAUACCUAGAGUUUUUUACUUCCUCACACUAUUGUAGGUUUCUUUCCUCCCUCCCUCUGGGCGGCUGCCAGGAAACAGAGAGACUGCUUAAUCAGCAGCUUGACAAAGAAGACCGAAGUCUUGGGAAGAAACAAUUUAAUCACUCCCAAGACCUGGGCAACAGAUGACCUUUGCGUCACCUCUGCUCUCAGGGGAGGUGGGAAGGCUCUCGCCUUGGUCCCAAAGUGCUCCUGUCCUUCCCAGGAGGCCCCACUUGGUGUUUAGCUAAGAAUAGGCUCUUGGGAAGUUAAUACUUUUGGGGAAGGAUAGGUCUUUUGUGCUGAGAGAGAGUUUUAGUCACAUCUUUUUAGGGGAUUUGCUGCAGAUAUUUAUAAAAGGCAACUCCGUCUGUACCAUUGACCCAUUUGUACAUAAAAAGAUGUGUUGAACUUU